UUUGGUUGAAGGUUUGAUUGUGUAAUUCAAGAAAGUUGUAGGGGAGAGUUAAAUAGUGCAAAAAUGAAGUAUAUAACAAUAUUGCUUAUGGUGUUGGUUUUCUCUCAAACUUAUUUGGGAGACUGCAAGUGUUCAAUCUAUAGUUUUGGAGAUUCAUUAGCAGACACUGGAAAUUUGUUAAUCUCAAAUCAUCAAGGUCUAGGUGCAAUUAUUGGAAAAUUUCCAUAUGGAGAAACAUUUGGUUUUCCAACUGGACGUUGUUCUGAUGGUAGAUUGAUUGUUGAUUUCAUUGCUAAAGCUCUUGGAAGUUCAUUUCUAAAACCUUAUUUGCAUAAAAAUGCAAAUUUUAGUGAUGGUAUAAACUUUGCAGUUGCUGGAGCUACUGCUUUGGAAUCAUCCUUUUUGACAGCAAAUGGAAUUGGACCACUUUGGACAAACAAUUCAUUAGAUACACAGAUUAACUGGUUCUUAGAGUAUAAGAGAAAUUUUUGUUCAUCUAACGAAGAUUGUGAGAGCCAUUUUGCAAAUGCAAUGUUUUUGAUGGGAGAGAUAGGUGGAAAUGAUUACAACUAUCCAUUUGCACAGCAAAGACCAUUAACUGAAGUGGAAUCCUUAAUUCCUCUCGUAAUAAAUAAAAUUAAAGUAGCAUUAGAGACAUUGAUUAACUCUGGAGGAGCAAGGAAGAUUUUAAUUCAAAACAAUUUGCCUAUUGGUUGUUCACCAUCCUAUCUUUCUACAAAAGAUGGUGAAAAGGAUAGUAGUGGGUGUUUAAAAGAUUAUAACGAAUUUUCCGAAAAAAGCAACAAGCUUCUUAAACAAAUGGUAAAACGAUUGCAACAAAAGAAUCCAAGGGUUUCAAUAGUCUUUGCAGAUUAUUAUAAUGCAGCGCUUACAAUCAUAAAGAAACCAUCCUCUUAUGGCCUGCAAAGAGAUGUUCUCCAGACUUGUUGUGGAGCUGGUGGACCCUACAAAUUUGACAUCCAACACCUUUGUGGUACUCCUGGAUCCACAACAUGUCACAAUUCUCAACAAUAUUUCAACUGGGAUGGAAUUCAUUUAACAGAAGCAGCAUACAAACAAAUUGCUUCCAUGUUUAUGGAUGGGAAGUUUACCAACCCUUCUUUCAAUUCAGUUUUCAAGAAUGGUUAAACAUUCUUAAUUAGCUAUUCUUCUCUUAAAAUUACUUUUGCAAUUGUUAAACAUUCUUUAUUAGCUAUUCUUUUUUAAGAAGAUAUAAUUCUUAUGUAUUUUUUUAUUGAAGGUUUGAAUAUAUUUUUGUUAAAUAUUAAAUAAAAUAUUGAAAUAUGUAAUUAUGAAAGUUUUUUAUAACUCAAAA